AUGGAGGAAAAGAUCAAGAGCCUUGAGAAAAAGCUUCUAGCCGCCGAGCAGCUCCACAGGAAAUGCGAAGGCUUCAAGCUCAUGAAUUCCAGGAUAAAGGAGUACAAAAGCAGGCUAGAGGCCCUGGACAGCAGGAUAAGAUCCAUAGAUACCCAGAUAGCAGGAUACGACCUUGUAGACCUUCUGGGUGAUAAGUCUGCAGACAUAAACUCAAUGGAUCUAGAGCUGGUUGUCAGUGUGAUGAAGGACAUGCUAGCCGCUAACCUGAGAUUCAAGGAAGAUGGAUCAACAGAAUACCUGGAGAAGUGUGAUAUCCUCUGGAAAAAAAUAAGGAAGGUUGGGUUUCUGCGUCUGAACGAAAUCAUCUAUAAGUCCACCGAGUCACUAAUAAUGAAUCCGAACUUUACAGAGUUUAUCAAACUGCUAGACGAGAGCCUUGUGUAUAGGAUACAAGUAAAGAUCUUACAAUCAAGAAAGGUGGAAUGCCUCAGAAAGUCUGUACAUAUAAAAAGAAACAGAGAAUUUCUAUUCAAGUCGAUGAUCCAGCAAGAGUUGUAUAUAUUCCUCUCUCUGUUUCCAUGGGAAGCCAAAAGAUUGGACAAGAGACUGAGGGGGUUCAAGGAAGAAAGGCCUUUGGCAGAAUCCGGACUCUUUGAAUGCUUUUCAUUUUCUGUUCUCAAGGAAUUCUUCGAAAGCUGCACCAUGGAGGAUCUUGAGUCCCUGAAGAAUCGCUUGGAGACAGAUCUUGAAAGCAGUGUAACGAAUUUAUCUAACGAAGGAGAGGUAAAUGAGCACGGAGACUUCUAUGCCAAUGUUCUGAUGUUCAUCUCUGUAAGGCAUUAUCUUUCCUCAAGGCAGGAUUAUGGUGGAAUCCAGGGUGAAAUUGUCGAGGUUUAG